UUCUCAUCCACGGACCCGGUGGAGACGGCGAACUCCAACAAUCUGGGGGCUCGGGAUCCAGAUAGAGGUCGGCAUUCGGCAAAUACCAGACGAGACCUGAAUGGGCACGGAAGGCUGCAGGCGCCACUAACAAAAGGUCUGGAAGUUGGUGUUUGGAAAAUGGGAGUCGGCAGCAGUACUGAACUUGUGGUGGAACAGGAGAGGAGACCAGAGCUCCUUAACGAACCAUGGAGGAAUGUUGAGUGUAACUCUAGCACAAGAAAGGACCUUGUGAAAUACAUACAGGAUUACAAGCCCCUUAUUGAUUCAGUGCCUCAGGCUCGGAUUCUUCUCAUUGGUCAGAUUACAGCUGGAAAAUCAAGCUUCUUCAACUCCAUCAACUCUAUCUUCCGUGGCAACAUAACAAGCCAAGCUGACGUAGGAUUUGUAGGAACAAGCCUGACCUUGAAGUAUCGCACUUACGAGGUGAAGGCAGGUCGAGAAGGACAGCCUCUGGGAUUCCUCCUGUGUGACACCAUGGGAUUGGAGGCAACUGCGAAUGGAGGGGUGAAAACUGAAGAUAUUGAGAGGAUCCUGAAUGGCUACAUACCGGACGAUUACCAGUUCAACCCUGCAUCACCAUGGCAACCUGGUGCUGGUCAGACAGAGUUACAAAUUAAGGACAGGAUCCACUGUGUGGUGUAUAUGAUAGACAGCUCAACAUUAGGAAUUAUGGCUACAGAAAUGAAGAAGAAAGUUGAUGAAAUCCGAAAGAAAACUAGUUUUCAAGAUGUGCCUCUAUUGGUGCUACUGACCCAUGUGGACAGAGCGUGCCCGCAUGUGGAAAAGGACUUGAAGAAGGUGUAUCACAGCUGCUACAUAAAGGAUAUGAUCUACAGAGCUAGCGGGUGUCUGGGCAUCCGACCAUCAAAUGUGAUUCCAGUGAAGAAUUACCAUGAUGAGAGUGAGCUGAAUAAUACCUGUGACAUCCUGCUCCUCAAGGCCAUGAAGCAGAUGCUGGACUUUGCUGACAAUUACUUUGACAACUGUCAGAAAGUUGGUGUUGGGAAAAUGGGAAGUGGGAGCAGUACCCCAGUGACAGAGGAGAACAAACCAGAGCUCCUUGGUAAAGCUUGGAGGGAUGUUGUGUGGGACCACAGUACACGAACUGAUCUCAAGCAAUACCUGCAAGAUUACAAGCCCAACAUUGAUUCAGUGCCUCAGGCUCGGAUUCUUCUAAUUGGUCAGAUUACAGCUGGAAAAUCAAGCUUCUUCAACUCCAUCAACUCUAUCUUCCGUGGCAACAUUACAAGCCAAGCUGCAGUAGGAGAAAUGAAAACCAGCCUGACCUUGAAGUAUCACACUUACCAGGUGAAAGCGGGCCGAGGCGGACAGCCUCUGGGAUUCCUACUGUGUGACACCAUGGGACUGGAAGCAAGGGAGGAUGGAGGGGUGAGAACUGAAGAUAUUGAGAGCAUCCUGAAGGGCCACGUUCCAGACAAGUACCAGUUCAACCCUGUGCAGUCAAUGAAAGCUGAUAACUCUCAGGCAUGGAGCACAUUGGCUCUUAAGGACAGGAUCCACUGUGUGGUGUAUGUGAUGGACGCCUCCACAACUGGAAUUGUGGACCAAGGAAUGAAGAAUAAAAUUGAUGAAAUCAGAAAGAGAACUAACUCGGCAGAGGUCCCUCUAUUGGUGCUACUGACCCAUGUGGACAAAGCGUGCUCACAUGUGGAAGAGGACUUGAAGAAGGUGUAUCACAGCUGCUACAUAAAGGAUCUGAUCUACAGAGCUAGCGGGUGUCUGGGCAUCCGACCAUCAAAUGUGAUUCCAGUGAAGAAUUACUUUGAUGAGAAUGAGCUGAAUGACACCUGUGACAUCCUGCUCCUCAAGGCCAUGAAGCAGAUGCUGGACUUUGCUGACAAUUACUUUGACAACUGUCAGAAAGCUGGUGUUGGGAAAAUGGGAAGUGGGAGCAGUACCCCAGUGACAGAGGAGAACAAACCAGAGCUCCUUGGUAAAGCCUGGAGGGAUGUUGUGUGGGACCACAGCACACGAAGUGAUCUCAAGCAAUACCUGCAAGAUUACAAGCCCACUAUUGAUUCAGUGCCUCAGGCUCGGAUUCUUCUAAUUGGUCAGAUUACAGCUGGAAAAUCAAGCUUCUUCAACUCCAUCAACUCUAUCUUCCGUGGCAACAUUACAAGCCAAGCUGCAGUAGGAGAAAUGAAAACCAGCCUGACCUUGAAGUAUCACACUUACCAGGUGAAAGCGGGCCGAGGCGGACAGCCUCUGGGAUUCCUACUGUGUGACACCAUGGGAUUGGAAGCAAGGGAGGAUGGAGGGGUGAAAAUUGAAGAUAUUGAGAGCAUCCUGAAGGGCCACGUUCCAGACAAGUACCAGUUCAACCCUGUGCAGCCAAUGAAAGCUGAUAACUCUCAGGCAUGGAGCACAUUGGCUCUUAAGGACAGGAUCCACUGUGUGGUGUAUGUGAUGGACGCCUCCACAACUGGAAUUGUGGACCAAGGAAUGAAGAAUAAAAUUGAUGAAAUCAGAAAGAGAACUAACUCGGCAGGUCAGUGAGUGUGGAG